UCAAAUGUGUGCUUUCUCUAGCCUUAUGAAUUCUCUGCAGGAGUGGAAAUAGAUCUCGCUCAGUCAGUUUACACUGUGUCCGAAGAUGAAACAAGCAAUCAAAUACUCACUCUAGUAAUCAAGAAUGGUUUAACAGUACAGGGCCCUAUCCCCCUGAGGCUCACAGCUAUGAGUUUGACUUCACCGGUUGUUGAUGAGGCUGACAAGGCUACACCAAGACAAGAUUUCCGUGUAGAGACUGUGGAUAUUGAAAUCCCUCCUGGAGCAGUUGGAAUGACCAAUAUUAGUCUGAACGACAUCAUUAUUGAUGAUAACACUGUGGAAAACCGCAUCCAGAGGUUCAGCCUGAUGGUGGAGGUAUCUGAAGGCAGAAUGUUCUUUGAUUCAGACAACUGCACCAAGAAAUCUGUUGAAGUGGCUAUUGAGAGUGAUGACACGGUCAGUGUUUCUCUAUUGCCGUCUAUUGUGGUAUUCUAUGAAAGUGAUGAAGGUCCAUUCGAUAUUUGUGUGAUUGUGAUAAGUGAAGGAACAGACCAAAACUGUCCUGUGGAGUUUCAAGUAAACUAUACUCUUAGCUUCACCAAGAACUCAUGUAAGUACGACCUACUAAAAAAAACUAAAAUUUGUUUUCUUUUUUCGUGAUACAUAAUGAAGACACCGAAAAUGGACAUGGCGAGACAAUCUUUCGCGAUGUUACUGUUGAUAAGUGUGACAACAUGACGUGUGUCAAUCUCAAGGCUGUCUUCAACAUUCAGAAUGAUGAAGAAUUCCAUUUUCAAUUGUUUAAUGUGUCUCUUCUACCUAAUGCUGAAACUGUACCUCAGUCUGGGAUGUU